AUUUCUCUUCUUCUUCCUUUAUCCAUUCCAAUGAUUUGUCACGCUUUGUUACUUUUCUUUAUCCUCGUAUCCGUCACCGUAGUAGGAGAAGGAGCAACGGUGGCGUUCGUGCCCACCGAUGUCUUUCUCAUCAACUGCGGCGAUAAUUCAGCCACCAACGACCAAAACGGCCGAACAUGGACGCCGGAGGAGGUAAAAGCUCUGCCGUCAAAUUCAGACUUUGCGUCCUUCACUUCAGAUGCGUUAUACCAAGACUCAGGGAUUGCUCAAGUGCCGUACAUGAAAGCUCGGAUUUUCCGAUCUAACUUUACGUAUAGUUUUCUAGUCUCUCCCGGCUGGAAAUUUCUCCGGUUAUACUUUUAUCCGACCCGUUACGGUUCCGGUUUCGACGCUGCUAGCUCCUUCUUCCUCGUCAACGUCAAUGGUAUCACUCUCUUAAGAAACUUCAGCGCUGAUUUAACGGCAAAAGCUUCCUUACCGGAGUCAAAGUCUCUUAUCAAAGAAUUCAUCGUUCCCGUUCACCAGACUCUCAAUCUCACGUUCACACCGUCUCGGGAUUCGUUUGCUUUCGUUAAUGGAAUCGAGAUUGUCUCCAUGCCUGACCGGUUUUACUCAAAGGGAGGAUUUGACGAAAUGAUAACAAACGUCGGUAGCAACGGUGAAUUCGUGAUAGAAAACUCGACGGCUUUGGAGACCGUUCACCGGUUAAACGUCGGCGGAAGAACAGUCAAUGACGUCGACGAUUCAGGAAUGUUCAGGCGGUGGCUUUCCGAUGAUGAUUUGGAUAAUUCGGGAAUCAUUGUGAACAUUCCAGGAGUCAAGAUUAACUACACUGAGAAAACUCCAGGGUAUGUUGCCCCGGAAGAUGUGUACGCCACGUCUCGCCAAAUGGGGAACCUACAAGACCCUAAACUCAACCUUAAUUUCAAUCUGACGUUUUUCCUUACAGUCGACGCCGGGUUUAACUACCUCGUGAGGCUACAUUUCUGUGAGACUAUUCCGCAAGUGAACAAUACCAACCAACGCGUCUUCUCCAUCUUUGUGGGAUAUCAGAUGGCUAACAGAUAUGUGGACGUGAUUCUGAUGAGCGGUGGUCCUCGGAAUCCGAUGUAUCUAGAUUUCAAUGUGUAUGUUGGCUUUGAAAAUGGGUUGAGACCUGAUCUACGACUUGAUUUUCAUCCUAUGAUGGAUGAUGGUGCAUCCUAUUAUGAAACUCUUCUAAAUGGUGUGGAGAUUCUCAAGCUGAAUGAUUCUCAAGGUAAUCUCGCCGGACCUAAUCCAAAUCCUCAAUUACCAACGGACUCAACACCAAACCGUGUAAGGCCGCCGAAGAAAAAAGGUAAUAAGUCACAUCUUUUGACUAUCUCACUUGCAGUGGUUGGUUCUGCAAUUGUUCUAGCGAUGUUUGUUGUUGUUAUCGUCUUUGUCAUGAAGAGGAAGAAGAAGAGGAACGACUUUAGUGUACAUACAACGAGCAAGCCUUCUACGAACUCGUCAUGGGGUCCUCUGCUACAUGUUACAGGUUCCACGAAUACAAGAUCAGCUACAUCUCUCCCAUCAGAUCUUUGCCGUCGAUUCUCUAUAUCCGAAAUCAAAUCCGCCACAAACGAUUUCGAGGAAAAACUAAUCGUUGGAGUAGGCGGGUUUGGUUCUGUCUACAAAGGACGAAUAGACGGUGGAGCCACGAUUGUCGCGGUUAAACGGCUGGAAAUUACAUCAAACCAAGGUGCUAAAGAGUUCGAAACAGAGCUCGAGAUGCUCUCAAAGCUUAGACAUGUACAUCUCGUCUCUCUAAUCGGAUACUGCGACGAUGACAACGAGAUGGUUUUGUGCUGUAGACCGAUCAAAAUGCAAAGUGUUCCACCAGAACAAGCAGAUUUGAUACGAUGGGUGAAGACAAAUUACAAAAGAGGAACCGUCGAUCAGAUCAUUGACUCAGAUUUAACCGAUGAUAUCACUUCGACAUCGAUGGAAAAGUUUUGUGAAAUAGCCGUGAGAUGUGUUCUAGAUCGCGGUAUCGAACGACCAUCGAUGAACGACGUCGUUUGGGCGCUUGCGUUUGCUCUUCAGCUUCACGACACUGCUAAGAAGAAGAAUGACAACGUGGAGUCUCUGGAUGUAAUGCCACAUGGUGUGGUGGGCACAACGACGGACGGAGAAGAUGACUUGUUUAGUAGGGCUACAGGACACGUGGAGGAAUCGACCACCACCGAUGACUCUGUUCCAGUUGUUGGUGAUGAGAGGAGUGGUUCGAGUUGGGGAGUCUUUUCGGAGAUCAAUGAACCUAAAGCACGGUAGAUUUUAUGGCUUGCUAAACAAGUAUUACAUUCUGGUUAGGGUUAAUAUAUUUGUGUAUGUAUAAUUGUUGAAUAAAAAAUAUUAUUGUAU